GUCGGGAUCGGCGCCUCGGGGCGCUGCGGCAGGCGCUGCGGGUGGGGGUCCGCGGCGCUGCCCUCACAGCCCGGGCGGAGGCUCGUUGGCGGCUGCCCGUAGAGGAGCGGCGCCGAGGCGCUCCCCGCAGGCGGGGCAUGGCUGCAGAGGAGUCUCGCCCCUUGCUGGGUUACCCUGCGUCGGACUCCUACCCGAGAGUGCAGAACAAGAAGUUGUACCUGGCCACCUUCGCUGCUGUCUUGGGACCGCUUAGCUUUGGCUUCGUGCUGGGCUAUAGCUCACCUGUUAUUCCAGAGCUGAGGAAAAUCAACGAUCCUAAAUUAAGAUUGGACAGCAAUCAAGCCUCGUGGUUUGGGUCAGUGGUAACAUUAGGAGCUGCUGCUGGAGGAAUACUGGGAGGCUAUCUCGUGGAUAAAGUUGGGAGGAAGCUGAGCCUAAUGCUGUGCUCAAUACCUUAUGUUUUUGGGUAUCUGGUUAUUAUCUCUGCUCAGAAUGUUUGGAUGCUCUAUUUUGGACGAAUGCUGUCAGGCUUGGCCAGUGGCAUCACUUCACUUGUUGUUCCAGUGUAUAUAUCUGAAAUAUCUCAUCCUAAAGUCCGUGGUAUGCUUGGCUCUUGUGUUCAGCUGAUGGUGGUGACUGGCAUACUGGGAGCCUAUGUUGCAGGAAUAGCCCUGAGAUGGCAGUGGCUGGCAGUGUUGGGUUCUGUGCCACCCUGCAUGAUGCUGCUGCUGAUGUCCUUCAUGCCCGAGACGCCCAGGUUCCUGCUGAGCCGCAACGAGCGCUCCAAAGCCACGGCCGCUUUGCGCUUCCUGCGCGGACCACAGGCAGACCACGAGUGGGAAUGUGAGCAGAUUGAAGCUGGUGUUCAGGAAGAGGAACUGAAACUCUCUGAAUUUAAGAACCCUUCAAUCUACAGGCCACUUCUUAUUGGUGUGGCUCUGAUGUUCUUCCAGCAAGUAACAGGCAUUAAUGCAGUUAUGUUUUAUGCAGAAACUAUCUUUGAGGAUGCAGACUUCAAGGACAGCAGAAUGGCUUCUGUUGUUGUGGGGUCCAUACAAGUGUGUUUCACUGCUGUGGCUGCACUUAUCAUAGAUAAAACGGGACGAAAAGUGCUGCUUUACAUAUCUGGGAUAAUCAUGGCUCUCAGUACUGCAUUAUUUGGGCUUUACUUUAAAGUGGUCCUUCCAAAUCAAAACAACUCCUCAAAUCCUGAUGUGUGGUUCACUCUAAAUUCAGCAUCCCCAGGAACAGAAAGCAGCAUGUCCUGGCUUGCAGUGGUGAGCCUAGGGCUCUUCGUUGCUGGCUUUGCCCUUGGCUGGGGCCCUAUUCCAUGGCUGGUGAUAUCAGAGAUCUUCCCCCUUAAAGCUCGAGGCAUUUCGAGCGCUGCCUGUGUGCUGACCAACUGGAUCAUGGCCUUCUUGGUUACCAAAGAGUUUCAGGAUUUCCUAGCUUUCUUAACAUCGUAUGGAACAUUCUGGCUCUUCUCUGCCUUCUGCUGCCUCAAUGUAACUUUUACAGCCCUGUAUGUUCCUGAAACAAAAGGACAGACCCUGGAACAAAUUGAAGCCUACUUCAGAAGAUCCUAAAGCCUUUUUAUACUGAUGGGAAUCCUUCAUAUCAUGAAUUACGGUGCUGUGGUUGAAACUGACUGCAUCACUGGGUGGAGGUCUGUAAUUAAACUUGCUGCCAAAUAAUUUUAAUGAAUUUUGUAAAAUCUGAACUCUGGGUUGUUUUAAAGAUCUCUGUGGGGAAUCUGCACAUACUUCUGCAUGCUCCCUGUGGUAAAUCUCCCUUGUACAAGUCAUCUGGAGCAUAAUCUUUUUGAUUCCCGUGUUCUUUUUACCUGGUGCAGACUGACAAUAAUGGCCAAGGAAGAAUGUUCAAUGUAUCUUUUCUUCCAAGAUGUAAAUUAAGAUUUAAUUUUGUAUGUAAUUAAAUUUUCCUUGCUCUACUUUUCCCUUUGCCUCAUGGCAUGGUUACACUGAAGACAUGAAUGAUGGAGCCUGGCUAAUGUUCAUUUUAUCUUGGUCUUGCUGCUGCUAUUUCUGGAAUGCCUGACUGUGGAAUAAGGCUUGGUCCCAACUGGAGAUGAAUGAGUGGCUGUCAUGGGUGUGAGUGUCACACUGGCUAGGAAUGCAUUUAAAUCACAAGAAGGGGUGCAGGUCAUAGGAGAAUGUAUUUUAGCAAUGCUUUUCCAAAAGGAAUUACAAGGUCUCGGAGGCAGCAAGCAUAUACUCUUAGGCAGAAAAGGAGAAAAACUAUUUUGUAGUGUUAAGGGGUAAAAGAUCUUAGACUGGAGCAGAUAUGGAGUCCAAAAGAUGCCUGGAAACACAAACCAAUGCUGGAUUAUAGUUCUUAUCAAAGAUGGGCAAUGCUUCAGACACAAACACCAGCCUCACAGUUAUGAUACAGCACUUCAAUGAAUAACAUCUCUGAAACAACAUCUCUAGAGAACUCAAAUGGAAACAGUAAUCCAGAGCUGUUUGCAGUUCUGUACUACCUCUUUGUCUUUUAAUUUCUUGUCUGCUGAACCAAUUUGGAAAAGCCAUUAGCUCUGCAUGUGUAAAAGAAGUGAGGUCAAAUGUAUGGUUUAUUAGGUAUGAAGGAAUAAAUCAUCCAUUCCUCCUUCACAAAGGUGAUAAAUGGCACUUAGAAUAGUUCCAGCUGCAAUAGGACUGUUUCUAUUUGGAUGUCACAUCUAAAACACAAACCAUACAUACCAUCACAUGACAUUAAAAACAAUGUAAUACAUCAGCAGUUAAGACAAGUGGUAGAUAAAGAGUUGUUGAUCACAAACGUAGCAACAGUCUGAACAAUAUGCAGUUAUUAAAUUACAAAGCAGUCUGCUAACAUUCAAAGACUUGGUUAAACCUGACAGUCCAGGCUGAGAACACUUUCUGCAUAAACCUUUAGAGACAUAACAUUUUCCAUGUGACCAGAUAAAUACCUUAGAGCUAUAAAUAAAUACCCAGAAAAUAAUAAUCUCUUAAAUCUUCCUCUUCAAAUGACUUCCAGUAGCAAACAGGAGUCAGUCAGUUGCAAGUCAGCAACAGGGUGAAGCAGCUAGGCAGUAUACAGCUGGUGAAAUUGCUCAACUAAAAUGAGUGGAAAUACCUUCUAACCUGCAUGCAAUGCAGAUGUUUGCUGCAUACUGUCAUUUGAGCUGUCCUGUGGUGUUCAUACCAGGUUCUCAAGGAAUCAUUUGUUCCUCCACAAUAUCAGGCUAAGCCUAUCUGAGAAAGCACUGCCUGGACAGAACAGGCAAGCACUGUGCGUGUGAACCAUGACAGCAAACUCAGCAAUGACAUUUUUCAUACACAGAAAGCAGCAAACAUAAUUCUGAAAUACCUUGUUAUUGGAGGUGGGAUUUCCACAAGCCCCUGGUAAGAUCACAUUACUUUAAAUUCCUGCGUGUGACUUUUAAUCCCUUAAAACGUGUAGCAGAAAUGACAAAUACAUACACACAGCUAUGUGUACUCAUACAUACGUGUAUAUACUGAAAACCCAACCCCCAGGGAUGAGCUACCUCUCCUGCAGACUAAGCCAAUGGCUCUGAGCUGCUGCAGCUGCAAGCACAAGUUACAGACCCACACCUUUAGGGAAACAUGCAGGAAGUUGAACCCUUGGCUUGGUCAAGUCUCCACAGAACAGCAGAAAGUAAAUGGCAGCGACCUUGGACAUCUCAGUUUGUGUAAUAGUGUUACAGUUCAUGUGGGUGCCACCUGUACCCUGUCCUACUGAGAACUGUUUAAGUACUUCUUUAGUUGACUGACUUAGUCCUAAAAUAAAUAAAUAAAGUUAUUUUUUAAAUCUUAAUAUGGC